AUGCUUUUAUUCAGUAGGCAAGGAAAAGUAAGACUUCAAAAAUGGUAUUGCUCUUAUACCGAAAAGGAGAAAAAGAAAAUUGUCAGAGACAUUGUUACUUUAGUGAUUGCCAGAAAGUCAAAAAUGUGUUCAUUUAUUGAAUGGAAAGAUCUCAAACUCGUUUACAGAAGAUAUGCUAGUCUUUACUUUUGUUGCGCAAUUGAUUCGAUUGACAAUGAGCUAAUCACACUUGAAGUGAUUCAUCGCUAUGUUGAACUUCUUGAUAAAUAUUUUGGAAGCGUGAGUAUUCUUUGCUCAUCAUUUAUCCUAUUUUUUCAUGCUAGAUUUGGUCUUUAUUAA